AUCACCUGCCCUCAUUUCUUUAUUCAGAAAGCCUUAUGAAGUGCCAGGAGACUCAGCCAUGAGGUGGCGAGGAUACAGACACACCAGUUGUUUACCGUGAUUUUUCUUUAAUGAAAGUGCCGUGAUCAAGUAAGAAAUCGUUUUGGAUUCGGAGUAAAGCGGCGUUUGCGCAGCUCUGUCAGAUGAUUUGAUGUAGUCUGUGAUCGGCGGCACAUGCAUCCAUAGACAACACGACAGCGCGAGACAUUUAGACAUGUCGAGGAGCUGAAUUUGCAGGAUUGUGGUUAAACAUGUCUGAGGAGGUUAGCAGACUACAAUUCAGCUGCAGCUCUGAGCCCAUACGGGCUUUUUAGAGCAAUCCGAGAAACACUGACGUUCAAGUUGCAUGGGGCUAUUUUCUUCUCUGCGAGCGGUUCUCCUCCUGCACUGUCAUCUUGUUUUCUCUACUUCAGAUAUAAUCAAGGCUGGCAAGAAUUACACUAAAGCAUAUGAGAGCAUCAUCCUUCUUUGCAAAAAGGAGAAGGUCAGAAUUGGAACCUGCUUGGUCAAUCGUUUAAAAUGUUACUAUAGAAAAGACUGUGGCAGGGAGUACAUGUUGAUGAAACUGAUUUGUUCAGUGAGCUCAAACCAGAGCAGUCAUGCUCAUGAGUACCCAGACUGCCAAGAAGGGGGUAAUGAAGCCAGCCUGCUGGUGUCCCCUCUGGUGGUGGCUGGCAUCGUCAUUGGCCUGGUGCUCUUCCUUUCCUGCGUCACCAUCAUUGUGGGCAGUCUGCGCAAAGACAGCCGCCUGCGCAACCCCCACCUGCGUGCCAGCUACGCUCCAGAUGGCCUCUCAUAUGGUGGCUCCAUUGGAGAGCUAAGGUCCACUUGUGUUGAGGAGUUUCCUCCUGCAUUUGACUUUGACUCCUAUGUGGAGACGGUGUCUCAAGUCAACGUCAUGUACCCAGACUCCCCACCUCAUUAUGAAGAAUGUGUGGGACAAGGGACCCAGAUAUAUGUUCCUACGGACGAUCCGCCCCCCUACUCCCUCACAGACCCGUGCCGGGAGCAUCCCGCCCCACACCGUCACAGAGAGAUGGAGGAUCUGCUCGCUGGUGCUUCUUGGCUGUCAGCAAGUGGCUCUUCGCAUUACCCAACCAGACUACAGGACUUCAGGCACCAGCCAAUCGCCUCCAUCUCUUUGUCAACCUUACCUUUAGAGGAGGCGCCCCCAUACGAGACAGUAGUGAGUGAACAAAACCAGCCCCUUCCUUUGAUGCCCCUGGAUCUGCUCAAACACACCACAACGGACAGCGGUCCUCAGGACAGCGUUUCCAACAGGAUCCUGUAGUCCAGGCCGCUCCAACACACUCAUAUGUCACCUGUACCAAACCAGCUUUGAGAGGGACUCUUUUGUGUGGCUGGGGUCCCCGGGCUGAACCCGACACCUGCAGAAGCCCACAGUUACCUCUCACUUCAGCCGACACAGACACUGCACCUCCUGCUUUAAUGUGACACUGCGGGAGCCGCCAUAAGAGCACAGGGCUAUCGACCACUUUUUUGUGUGUCACCUCACCUUGUCUUUUGCUUAUGGUGUAAUUAGAUGUCAACGUGCGUCUUCUGGUAGACUGAUAGAUGAUUUCAGUUUCACAAGCACCACAACUAUUUUCAACAACCACUGAAAUGGCCUGGAUGUCAGAAAGAGCAGAAAACCUAUCAAUAAACCUGGGACUGUAAUAAUAGAGAAAUUUAUGUAAGAAUAGAAAUGUAUCUUUCUUUUUAGUGUGAAAAUGUGUGUUCCUGCAUGAGUGACUGUGUAUUUCCACAUGACUGUCUGUUACAACUUUUCUCACUUUUUUCUUCUUCAAAUCUUGGGUUGGUUUUAAUAAUUUAUGUUUUGUAAACUAAAAUUUUUUUUAAGAUAAUAUUUUGUAAAUUUCAUAGAAUAACUAGCAAAGAUGAGAAAUGACCUUUAAUAGCAAUUUGAAUGUCAUCAGAAAAUCAAUAUGCUUUUUCCAUGCUUUUUUAUACAUCAGUUCUUUACGUCAGUGGUUCUCAACCUGAGGGCCAGGGCCAACUAGGAGACCUAAACUAAACUUCCCAAUACAUCUUAAAAUAUUUAAAUUGAGUUAUAUUAACAUAAUCUUAAAGGAAUAGUUCACCCAAAAAUUACAGUUGCUGAAAAUGUGCUCAGCCUCAGAACAUCCAAGAUGUAGAUGUUUCUUCAUCUGAACAGAUUUGGAUGCAUUUUGGAUACAACGCUUGCUCACCAGUGGAUCCUCUGCAGUGAAUGGGUGCCGUCAGAAUGAAAUUCCAAACAGCUGAUCAAAACACCACAAUAAUCCACAAGUAAUCCACACAACUCCAGUCCAUCAAUUAACAUCUUGUGAAGUGAAAGUUGUGUUUUUGUCAGAAAGAAUCCCAUCAUUAAGGCGUUUUAACUUUAAACCAUUUCUUCUGGCCAAAAUACCAGUCCAUAACCCUUAAUAACGCCUUUUUUCCAGUGAAAACGUCUGUCCCCUGUUGCCCUCUCACAUCAAAAUCCACUGACAUAUUUGUUUAGAACUGCUUUCAACUCUUUUUGCUUGUAAACGGGGUUUGAUCUGUUUCUUUUCCGAAUGAGACAAGUAACAAUUUUUAGCCAGUCACAAUGGUUUGUUAACAGCAAAGUUAAAAAUGUGUAAUGAUGCAUUUAUUUAUUUAUUAGAAAUACUCAUCUUUUCACUUCAUAAGAUAUUAAAUUAAUGGAUUGUGAAUGGGUGGAGUCAUAUUAAUUACUUAGAUUAUUGUGAUUUUAUUUAUUUUUUUUUUUUUUAUCAGUUGUUUGCAAUCUCAUUCUGACGGCACCCAUUCACUGCAAGAGGAUCCCUUGAUGAACAAGUGAUGUAAUGCUAAAUUUGUUCACAUUUUGGAAGACCUGCUCCUGGAAGGCCACUGUCCUGCAGAGUUUAGCUCCAGUCCAAAUUGAACACACCUAAAACAGCUAACCUUUUAAUUGUAAAUUAUAUUUUUUUAAAAAUUAAAAAAUUUAAACUGACAUUAGACUGACAUCAUAUUUAUUAGACAUCAAUAUUAUUUUUAUUACAACAAAAGUACAAGAUGUGCAUAUUAGCUUUCAUAUAUCGACUUAAACAAAGGAGAGUCUUGGGGUCAAAGGUUGAGAACCACUGCAACAACUUUAUUAGUCUUUAUUUCAUAGAUCACUGUGAUUUAUUUGUAUUUCCUUCUGUUUGCAGAGACUACUGUUUUCCUAAAGUCUCAAACGCAUCUGAAUAUCUUAUUAGGAGAACAGCAGAUGUGUGACAAGUGAUAUCAAUGCAUAUGACAAUACAGACUAUAGUUAGAAAGGGCUGUAGGGAACACUUUGCCAAAGGGUGUAAAAAACAAUUUUACAUAGGCCUCCUAAACUGCAUUGAUGCUGUGUACAUUAUAACACAAGAGCUGAGACAGGUAACCAAGUAGCUCAACUGCAAAGCUUUUGUAGCAUUGAUGUCAGAAAUGAAAUAUAAGAUAGUUGUCGCUGGACACACUCUGAGCUUCCAAAACUUUUAUGUAUCAAAUUCGUUUGUUUUUGUUCUAACAUUGCCCACUUCACACAAUGGCUCCCUCAUAUGCAUGUUUCUAAUAUACAAUGUGCCUAUUAAUCACCAUGACUGUUAGAUUAACAUGCUAAAGUAAAGAAACGUUAAUUUUCCAAAAAGAUACAUAUAUCUAUAUAUUUAAAAGCCGCCCAGAAAUGACACUGCAUGGCACCUCACCUCUAUUCUCGCCACCGCACAAAAGUAUAUACUUAUAGAAAGAGGGUCUGUAAGAGAUUUUUAAAUUGAAUUUGAUGCAUGAAUGCGUUUCUUGUGUAGUGAAAAGCAGCUCAAAGCAGAAAUGAAUAUUAAAUGGCCCACUAUUAUUUAUUUAUCGUAGUUUGAAUGGAUGUCAACUUUGGACUCUCAUGUUAUAUAGUACUUUUGACUUCCACCAAUGCUUAGUUAAAAAGUUUAUACUCAUCACCUAUGAGGAAAGGCUACUUUUUCUAUAACGGCACAUCUUAAGUAGCAUUUCAAAGUAUUUUUAUAGAUGUCGAGGCUGUUUCGUUCUGCUCAUAUAGCUCUGUAAAGGCGUGAGCUGUAUCGGUCAGCACCUUAGAUGAAGAAAUGGUCCAGAUGUUCUAUGAUGUAAUGAGUAGAAGUGUAUUAGCUGUUUCCACCACACUGUAAUACUAAUACUGUGUCUGUAAACCCUCAAGUUUAAAGGAAUAGUUCACCCAAAUAUGAAAACUUGCAGAAACUUUACCUUUUACGCCAUCCAAGGUGUAGAUGUAGUUUGUUUUUUCAUCUGAACAAAUUUAGGAGUAAUGUCACUUGCAGUGAAUGGGUGCCGUCAAAAUGAGUGUCCAAACAGCUGAUAAAAACAUCACAAUAAUCCACAAGUAAUCAACAUUAGUCCCAAUGAUAGUUUAACAAUAUUUUAAAGUGCAAAGCUGCAUGUUAUAACACAUCAUUAAGGCAUUUUAACUUUAAUUUGUCACUUCUGGCCAAAAUAAUCCGUAAUAACCCUGCCCUGUUGUCCUCUCACAUCAAAAUGUAAUUGUUUAGAACUGUUUUGGUUUGUUUUUGCUUGAUCUGUGCAUAUCCACCGUUUUCCUCAACACGGAAGAAAGCCUAUGGGUGGGACUUCCGGUUCUUUAGCUAUUAUGGAGGGUUUGCACUUGCAUCAUGGUUUGGUCAGUUACCCAGUGCGUGGCCAUAUUGGAGAUACUCCGAUGUAAACAACAGCAUUGACUGCAGUUAAUGUACUACUGAAUAAGUUGUUCUGGUAAUAUAUGCUGUCUAAACCAUGGAAAAAAGCAUGUGGAAGCUGCUAAAUCAUAUAGAGAAGUGCUUACCCUGUUGAAAAAGAAAAAAAAAAAAUGCAUAUGCUGGUUAGGUAUGUUUUGAUGCAUUGCAGCUGGUUUGAGCUGGUCCUUAGUUGGUCAUGAGCUUGUUUAAGCUGGUCCUCCUGAGCUAGUUAUAAGCUGGUUAUGAGCUGGUUCUGAGCAGGAGCUAGUUGCUUAGGACCAGCACAUGACCACCUUAAACCAGCAGUAUUACAAGCAGGAUUAAUUAAGAUAUUAGCCUAAGAUUUUACUUAACAUAUUACCUACCUGUUGAAGAUUCUUGCACUGGAAAUCCUGGUUUAGUUUGGCCAACCACAAACGCCUUUUGUUCCUCAGACAGUUUUUUGCACUCUUCUCCUUGAUUUGCUAUAACUUUUGUCAAUAGCACUCCAAAUGUUUUUCCUGGUCCGACCGAUUAGUACAGCCCAAAACAUGCCAAUAAUUGACCACAGCGUCAACAGUCAGCUAAAUUUGCGAGCUCCGUUCAUUCAGUGGCAUUAUUUACGUUUAGUGCCACCAAUAUAUAAUAAGGAGAAGAAUAAGAAAGUGCAGUGAACGGUAAAACUGUUUGCUCUACAAACCAGUGUGCUCAUAAUUAAAAUAAUACAUUAAAAUAAUAUGGUAAGACACACCAAUAUGCAAUAUCAAGCUGCAAAACAAGCUGUUUUGUUUUGUACAGCUAAAAAUAACUAGACCGGAAGCCGCACCCAUAAAAUUUACAAAUGGCCGUGCCUCAGGGUUGUUGGGUUUUCACAACAAAACAAAUCCAAUUGCUACUCAAAACUAGCCUAAUCACGUUUCGAGGGGGGUACUGGAGAAUAAAGUACAAGUUUUUUGUUGGGGUUCCCCUGGUAAAUUUCUAUUUCAGCGGCUAAAUUUAACGUUAUUGGGGUUGCAGUUUGACAAAAAACAACCGCGACAACAGUGUUAAAGUAGCCAACUCUUAUGGGAAGACAAAGGUGGAUGUCACUCCUGAUUUUAGACGAGACGACUUUUCUCUGAUGGAUGCAACAUUAUCGAUAGACGUUCUAGGAAUUCGUUCUACGAAUUCAUACGAAGGACUACAUCACCUUAAACUUAACCAUCACAGAAAUUGUUUAAAAUCGUAUGAGUGAAUUAGUACGAAUUAGCCAUCUCGUAAAACACGUACGAAUUGGCCGUGAGAUAGCAUUGCCCUUGCAAUAGAGGACUCGUUAGUCAGAACAGAACCAACAGUUUUAAGUUAGAAAUGUCUUAAUGAUGGAUUUGUUUAUUACAAACACGCAGCUUUACAAGUUAAACGAUCAGCUGGGGUCUGAAUGCUGAGUUCUCCAAAUCUGUUCUGAUGAAACACCUUCAGGAGAUUGGCGAAUUUAAGUAUAUUUCCAGCAGAUUUUCAUUUUGGGGUAAACUAUUCCGUUAAGCCACACUUGUUAGCACAACACUGUAGCAAUUAUGUGUGCAUAAAGAUAAAAUGAGCACAUGCAGUACCGAUUUAAAGGAAUAUUGCCAAAUUCGUAAUGAAGAUCUAUUUCCCAUUGGUUGCAUAGUAUUUAUUUUCCGUCUGUUUUAGGGUUUUGUGAAUUUUAGCUGCAUUUAGUGAGCUGAUGUUCAGGAAAAUCACUUUUAAACUGGCUUACAUUUGUGUGCGGAACUAUUUCACCAGUUUGAUUAGACCACAUGGAUAUUGUUUCUAACACCAGAAUAGCACCUUAGCAUCAAAGCCCAUUGUAAAUGUUGACUUACAUUUAAUGAAUACAUCUCAAAUGUGUUAUUUCUCUGUCACUAUGUUGUGGUCGGUUGUCCAAAGUGAUAAUGCUGUUUCAUAGAGCUGCCGAUAUUGAUGUAUGUUUUGUAUUAGAGUCUUUAUUCCUUUACCACUGUAUCCUCUACAUAAAUAAAAACACAAGACUUCAAUCUA